GGAUUUGCUUUCUGUCCACUCUGAAAAAGGUGAUGGAGAAGACAGAAUUGCAGGGGACAGGGCACCUUUCGUUUCAUUAGGAAUAGCCAUUAAAAUGUGUGAAAUGUGGAAUAUGCUUCACUGAAUGAGCACACAUAGUUCACAUACACGAACACAAAAAGGAAAGAACUCACUUAAAGGUAUGGAGUGUGGAAACAGCAUCUGUUUCAAUGCAAAACUUAGAACACACCAGCGGACUCACACAGGGGAAAAACUAUAUUUAUGUAUGGAGUGUGGAAAGAGCUUUAAUGAUAGUGGAAGCCUUAGAAGACAUCAACAUCAACGGACUCACACAGGGGAGAAACCAUUUGAAUGCAUGGAGUGUGGAAAGAGCUUCAGUUUCAAUGCAACCCUUAGAACACAUCAACGGACUCACACAGGAGAGAAACCAUUUCAAUGUAUGGAUUGUGGAAAGAGCUUCAGUCAAAGUGGACACCUUAGACAACAUCAACGGACUCACACAGGGGAGAAACCGUUUCAGUGUAUGGAGUGUGAAAAGAGAUUUAGUGAUACUGGAAGCCUUAGAAGACAUCAACAGACUCACACAGGGGUGAAACCAUAUAAAUGCAUUGAUUGUGGAAAAAGCUUCAGUCAGAAUGCAGACCUUAAAAUACAUCAACGAAUUCACACAGGGGCGAAACCAUUUAAAUGCAUGGAGUGUGGAAAGAGCUUCAGUCAGAGUGGAGACCUUAAAUAUCAUCAACGGACUCACACAGGGGAGAAACCAUAUAAAUGUAUGGAGUGUGGAAAGAGCUUCAGUCGGAGUGCACACCUUAGAAAUCAUCAACGGAUUCACACAGGGGAGAAACCAUAUGAAUGUAUGGAGUGUGGAAAGAGCUUCAGUCAGAGUGGAGUGCUUAGAUAUCAUCAACGGACUCACACAGGGGAGAAACCAUAUGAAUGUAUGGAGUGUGGAAAGAGCUUUAAUAUAAGUGGAAACCUUAGAAGACAUCAACGGACUCACACAGGGGAGAAACCAUUUAAAUGCAUGGAGUGUGGAAAGAGCUUCAAUCAGAGUGGAGACCUUAGAUAUCAUCAACGGACUCACACAGGGGAGAAACCAUAUGAAUGUAUGGAGUGUGGAAAGAGCUUUAAUGAAAGUGGAAGCCUUAGAAGACAUCAACGGACUCACACAGGGGAGAAACCAUUUAAAUGCAUGGAGUGUGGAAAGAGCUUCAGUCGGAGUGCACACCUUAGAAAUCAUCAACGGAUUCACACAGGGGAGAAACCAUAUGAAUGUAUGGAGUGUGGAAAGAGCUUCAGUCAGAGUGGAGAGCUUAGAUAUCAUCAACGGACUCACACAGGGGAGAAACCAUAUGAAUGUAUGGAGUGUGGAAAGAGCUUCAGUUAUAGUGGAAACCUGAGAAGACAUCAACGGACUCACACAGGGGAGAAAGCAUUUAAAUGCAUGGAGUGUGGAAAGAGCUUCAGUCAGAGUGCACACCUUAGAAAUCAUCAACGGAUUCACACAGGGGAGAAACCAUAUGAAUGUAUGGAGUGUGGAAAGAGCUUCAGUUAUAGUGGAAACCUGAGAAUACAUCAACAGACUCACAUCGGUAAGAAACUAUUUAAAUGUAUCGAGUGUGGAAAGAGCUUCAGUCAGAGUGGAGCCCUUACAACACAUCAACGGACUCACACAGAAGAGAAACCAUAUAAAUGUAUGGAGUUCAGAAAGACCUUUGGUGAUAAUGGAAAGCUUAGAUCACAUCAACGGACACACACAGGGGAGAAACCAUUUCAGUGUAUGGAGUACAGUAACUGCUUCACUCAGAGUGGAAAUCUUAGAAAACAUCAGCAGACACACAGGGGAGAAAGUAUUUAAAGGUAUGGACUGUGGAAGGAGCUUCAGUCAGAGUGGAACCCUUGAUUUUUGUCAACAAACUAACACUAAAGACAAACCAUAUAAAUAUCAAGAAAGUAGAUAGAGGUUCACUCUUAGUGGAAGUUCAGAAUCAACAGACUUAUGGACAGGAAGAACUUUAAGAGUUGAAAUCCUUCAAACCAUCAACAAACUCAGAGAGGAGAAGCAGUUUAAAUGAAAAGAUUGCAAAAAGUGCUUUAUUUAUAAUAGAGUGAUCAAGGAACAUCCCAGGACUCUCACAUGGGAGAACCCAUUUAGAUGUAUGGAGUGUGGGACGUCUUCCUCUCAGAGUCCACUCUGAGCAAUGAACUCAGUAGGAAAUCAUUCCUAAAAGCAUGAGGUAUAUGUGAAGUUCUGGUGUUUAUAUGUAAAACUGUAUAAUAAUGAAAUAAUGAAGGGAACAUCUCACAAUCAUGAGUAUAAUUUUAGAUGAAAGUACCUUUGGUUUUUGCACCAAACUCUGUCACCCCCCCACCGCAUGAUCUCCAAGCACUGCUUCUUCACCAGAACUUUAUCGCUGCCUCCUGCCCUGCGCGUUCUGAAGAAAACUUGGAAUACUGAAAUUGAAUGGGAUAUUUCCCCCCAAACCUAAUUUCAAGAGAGAGAAGGAGGGGUGCAGGUACUAGGGAAGUCUCUUGGGGGCCCCACGUUCACUCAUGAACCGCGGGACAAUUUACUGCCAUCAGCAAACUUUGCCCCCUCCCUGCUCCCUCCUAAGUCUAGAUCAUUUAUGAACAAGUUGAAAAGCCGCAGGUCCCAAUACUGAUCUUGAGGGGACUCCGCUUUCUGCUUCUCUCCAUUCAGAGAACUGUCCGUUUACUCUCUUGGUGUUUCAGAAGGAGGGCUGCCUCCAACUGGGGAGGCACAUUUCUUCUAGGGGCACCUUUCCGGGUCCCCACGGUGCCCCCCAACCUGGCUCCACUCGGCCAGGGCAGCUGCAUUUUGUUUCGCUGCAGGUGAGGCUGCCCCCUGCAAUGUGGGGUCUUAAAGGAACUUCAUGGGGGGGAUCAGCGAGGAGGAGCUUCUGGAUCCUGUGCAGCCCCCCCUGCCUGCUCCCUUCAGGUUUUCUGAGCCCCUCCCUUUUUCAUUUCAAGGAUUGGGGGUCCCGCACAGCCCUCAGGGCACCUAAGCAUCGGGGGGAGCUAUUUUGUUUGCUGAGGGCAGCAGUCACAAUCCUGGCGCACUGCAGGAUGUCUGGGUUUUAGGUAUGGGGUGAAAAAAGGUGGGGGGGAGGUGGAAAAGAGGUGAUAGGGGAAAUAUCCUGGGGUGUGGAUUUUAUUUUUAAUCAUUUUUAUUGAUUUUCCAAAAAAAUCUUGAGUGUUCACUGGAAGGACAGAUCCUGAAGCUGAGGCUCCAAGACUUUGGCCACCUCAUGAGAAGAGAAGACUCCCUGGAAAAGACCCUGAUGUUGGGAAAGAUGGAGGGCACAAGGAGAAGGGGACCACAGAGGACGAGAUGGUGGGACAGUGUUCUCGAAGACUUCUGGGUUUGUGCCUCCAGUAAUGACGGAAUUCCUCUGAUCGGGAUGUUACGGUAAAAUCUGGGUGCGAGGCUGCUCUGCCACCCAGCUCGUCGGACUAAGUCCGCGGGUCCCUGCGGAAGAAAAUGAGCUCAGCCGGAGACAGGAGCAAGCUGCAGAAGAUCCACGUUUAUUGCGCAACAGGUUCAAGGCGAGAUUGAACCGCGAGAAAGGCGUGACAUAAACUUUUGAAACUUCCCUCCAUGCCCCAGAAUACAGUGCAAAACACAUCCCAGUUACAUCAUGAAUACAUUAAGAAGAGGUUGGGUUACACAGGAUUAACAUAUGGAGGAGGGAGGGGGGAAUAUGCAGAGCUGGAGAUAUGCACAGAUAAGCACUUCCUGAUGAGAAGACAAUGGUCCAUGUACUGGCAUUUCCUGGAGGAAAGGCUUGGCAGAGUGAUUUGACAGGAUUAGGGUCUUGACACCUUGCUUGAGGGAUUAUGGAGGACAGGGGAGGUGUGGUGGAGUCCUAGAGAAAUUGAGCAAAUUGGCACGUUGAUUUUCUAUGAAUUUUAUAGAUUUUAGUCCCUUUUGACAUUGACAAUUGGAAAUAAAUUGAUAUAUUGUAGCGAAGAAGAAGGUGAAGAAGACAUGCCCCCCCUCCCUAUCAGUCCCCCAUUCGGAGAUAGAUUUGCAUUAAAGUUCUGUAAGAACUUGCAAAUCUUUUCUCCGCACCCUAAAUCUCGGUGAAGGUAGGGGUGCCCUGUGAGUGGGAAUAGGCUCUAAUGGAAAAGGAGGUGGGUUGAGCAGGGCAGCAAAGGAGGGAGCAACACGGACCAAUACAAUGUACGUGUAUGUUAUAUAGAUAUGCACUAAAUAAUAAUUUGGUA